GCCUCUUUUGCCAGUCAUUAAUUAACUGGAACUAAUACUGGAAGGGAUUAGUUGUUAUCGUAAGAAUGCGAACCAGCAUUAGUGGAGCAAUCACCUAUAAAAACCGAAAGCACCAUCAUUAAUUUGUCCAAUCGUUCGGUGUGAGUAUGAAGUUCGUUUCACUUUCUGGUGCGUUGUUGCUCUUGGCAGCCCAAGCAGCAUGGGCUCGAGAUAUACCACUGGCGCGAGAUCUUCCCGAAGAUGCACCGGAAGACGUUCCGGAAAUGGUUGGCUUUGCUACCGGAUGUUCCAUUGCACUGAAUGGUGAUUUGCCGCAGCCUCAGCCACUGUUUCUCAUCCCGGGUACGGAUCAGUUCCAGUAUCCAGCAACGUCCAGCGGAAUUCUCACGAUGAACGCCGGAGAAUCGUUGGAACUAGCCUGUCAGGCGGGUUUCUCACUGUAUCCCGAACAAACUUCCAUUACCGUGACGUGCGUGAUCGACGAUCAGUUCAACUACGAGAGCAAAAUGUACACCUUUAGUGAGUUCUCCUGUACAGCUAACUGGCGUAGUGUGGCACGUCGUACUACGGGCCGUUGCUACAACGAUGCCACGAUCGUCGAGGUUGGUUUCGAGCUGGGUGCCCGGUUUCCAAAGAUACUCGACAUUUGCCACGAUGAGGUGACGCUGGACACGCACUAUCUUGUGCAUGAGUUUACCCCAGCGAAUGCAGGCUUUCAAACCGGUGUAGCUCGUCCUGGUUGGAUACAGAGUAACUUCUUCACUGGUGUGUCCGUCAAUACGCUCUAUACGGUCAACACGCAGCGCGAAACUAUUGCAAUCAUCCUGAACUCACAGUCCCGUGCUGAUGAGCUGGUGCAAACGACAAACAAUGGGAUCUAUAUGGCCCGAGGACACAUUGCAGCGAGGGCCGAUUUUGUUUACGCGACGCAGCAGAACGCAACGUUCUUUUUUCUGAAUGCUGCCCCUCAGUGGCAAAACUUCAAUGCUGGAAAUUGGGAGCGUAUUGAGUCGUCGGUCAAAUCGUUCGUCGCAUCUCGCAACAUCCAUGUACGAGUGUAUGGAGGAACGUACGGUGUACAAACGCUGGCUGAUGGCAAUGGCGAUCAUCAAGAGAUCUUCCUAGACUUCGAUCCUAACGGACGGACAAGAUUGAGAGCACCGAAGGUGUACUACAAGAUCCUUCACAACGAGGCCCAAAACUCGGGCAUAGUGCUGAUCGGUGUGAACAAUGUGCACAUCUCGCUGGAGGAGAUCCGCCGGGACUACAUCUUCUGCACGGACGUAAGCAGUCGCAUUGGAUGGAUUAAUUGGGAUCGGGAAAACCUAGCCAGAGGCUAUUCAUAUGCAUGCGAGGUGAACGAAUUUAACCGCGUGACUGGCCACUUACCACAGCUGAACGUAGCGGGCCUAUUGAUAUGAGAAGCAGGAAGAAACAACCUAGAAAACAAAUCUGUGCUAGUCCAAAGUACUUAAUGACCACCAUGGUGGUAUUAAAACAAUUAGAUAAAAGCUCUAUUGACGUAGCAGACCUUCUCAUUCACUUUUCAAAAAGGGCGGUUAAUGGACGUUAUAUCUUCAGUACCUUCGGUGCUUAUCUGGUUAUAUAUUGCGAAUGGGAAACGCACUGUAAUUCACACUCUCGGUUUCACGCUACUGAUAGUGAGAAGCACAUGACUUGCACGCGAUUCAAAUCCGUUUGGUUUGAUAAGCUGGAUAGCAUUGUUUGAACGAGAAGCAGUAUUAAUCCCAAACACUUGUAUCAAGCUUGAACAGGUGCAUUAGUUAAAAUCAUCCUUACCGGUGCAGUCGUGCAGACGAAGGGACUUUAUCUGCCCUGUUAAAUAUGAAAUAUUUUCCGCAAAAAUGUAUUAUCUCCUGAAACAAUGCUGUUCAAUAUCGAU